AUGAUUGACACUUCCGAACUGUUGCUCUCCCUGGACCACGUAAAGUACAGGAAGUCUGGGGAUGGACGCUCGCCAAUCGGACGACUGCUUUUGUACAAGGAACAUGUGGAAUGGAGAGAUAAUGCUGGACCAGAGGUUCUUUAUGUGAAAUUUAUGCAAAUAAAAGGUCAACGCGUUUCUCCGCCGAACAAAUCGAAAGUUCAGCUGCAACUGGUACUUCAAAAUGAUGAUCAAGCAACGUUUGUUUUCUUAAACCCUGCGCUUGAUAAAGAAGGCUUGAUCAAAGAGAGAGACUUGCUGAAAGAAACCUUACAACAGUCUUUGAUUGCCCAUCGUCAGCGAGUGAACCAGUUGGCUGCAACGAACGAACAGGAUAUCAAGCAGACAGAACUUCGAGAGAAACAGAGAAUCUUAGGAGAAAACAAGCAGCUUGAUCAACUGUACACUCACUUAGUGGCCUCGAAAUUAAUAAGUGCUCAGGAUUUUUGGACUGAUUAUUACAGCUCUACUGGUAUUGUCGAAGAUAAGUCAGGAAUAAGUGGUGCAUUCCUCACCAACAUUGUGCAACAAGAAGGAACAAAUGGCAUAAAGUUGAAUUUGAACACAGAAAUAAUCCAGGCAGUGUUCAACACCUAUCCUGCAGUGGAAAAGAAACAUCUCGAGCUUGUUCCCCAUGAGAUGACUGAGUCGCAGUUUUGGACGAAGUUUUUCCAAUCCCACUAUUUUCACCGAGAAAGAGAGGUCUUGCCUAAUCCGAAUGACCCAUUCUCUGAUUGUGUUAAAAUGGAUGAGGCUGAAAUGGAAAAAUUGCAUGACGAUGGAGUAUAUCGUAAGCGAUUCGAUCUUGAACAUUUGGACGACAACGUUAUCAAAGACAACAAGCCAGCAACGAAAGCUACCCUUGUGAGACGUUGUAACUACUUAUCUGAGAAAAUACUUUCUGCUUUAAAACCGUCUACCUCCAGUUCGGAUGCCACCGAUUCUCCAUCGAAGCUAAUAAUUGAAGAAGAGGAAAGUAGACUGGAAUCAAGUGAAUUGAUGGAUCAAACUGGCCAACAGGAGUGUCAAAAUCUUUGCAUCAAAGCUGAUCAGGAAGGCAUCAACGUUGGUUUAAAUGACGCUGAUCAAGAGUAUGCAGAAAAAGGUUGUGGUGAUCCAGGUGAUUGGGGACUAUCGCCUGCUCAGCUUAAUGAGCUACGAGCUAUUCAUGACGCCGUCGCCGAACUUUUAAAACACUUCUGGAUGUGCUUUCCACCUGUCACACCUGAACUGGAGGAGAAGGUAAGGUGGAUGCCAAGUAAGCGAACGAGUCAAGAUGAGGUCAUGAAUAUUUGUAGGGCUAAACCAUGGAAGCGUUGGUAG